AUGGCCGAACCACCAAUUCUAUCCGCUCCAAAACCCGAGGAAGUUCUUAUUAUGUAUUUGGCAAUUUCUAAUAUAGCGACAAGUGCAGCAUUGAUUAGAAAGGAAGGAAAGAGGCAAUAUCCAGUCUUCUACACAAUACUCACCAACUAUCCUAUAUGGGGUAUACUCUCUAAACUCGAUUUAUCUGGGAGAAUUACCAAGUGGGCUAUCGAACUUAGUUCCUUCGACAUAACUUAUGAGCCAAGGGUGUCGCACAAAGGACAAGCCGUAGACGACUUUCUUCUCGAGUAUGAAGACACUCCCGAAGAGCCGGUACACCCUGAACCACAGUGGGAACUUCGAGUCGAUGGCUCCUCGAAUCAAGCAAGUGCAGGGGUAGGCGUUGUAAUGUUAACACCCGAAGGCCCCAAGCUGCAGCAAUCUAUCUGUUUGAAGUUCCCGGCUAUGAACAAUAAGGCCGAGUACGAAGCAUUACUUGCUGGUCUUCGAUUAGCUAGCAGCGUCCAGGUACCUCGUGUUGAGAAUACCGAAGCAGAUCAAUUGGCCACAUCAGCGUCAUCCUCAAAUGAAGAUCUGGCUCGGACUGUGCCGAUUGACGUCCUGACGAGCCCAGCAUUAAUCCUCCGCAGGAAGUUCUUACCUGAAAUGUUUAAGCCUACUGAGGCUCUUGUGGUGUUGAAACAAAUCCAUGACGGAGAUUGUGGCAACCAUUCUGGGGGUAGAUCCCUCACGCAUAAAGUCCUAACUCAAGGUUACUUCUGGCCGUACUUGGCCCGGAAUGCAGAACAGUAUACUCGGAGGUAUGACAAAUGUCAACGUCACGGUCCUAUGAAGCAUCAACCUGCCGAAGAUUUGCAUGCAAUGGCAAAUCCAUGGCCAUUCGCACAAUGGGGGAUUGAUAUGGUGGGCCCGUUACCCAAGACUGUGGAACAAAAGGAGUACGUGCUACUGGCUACAGAUUAUUUCACUAAAUGGGUAGAAGCCGAGGCCUACUCAAGUGUGACCCAUGAGCAGUUAGCUGCAAUUAGUCAUCCACAAGGGAAUGGACAGGCUGAAAUAACUAAUCGGACCAUUUUCAGCUAUUUAAAGAAAAAAUUGGAGAAACUCAAAACGAAAUGGUACGAGAAUCUCCCUCAGGUGCUUUGGGCGUACCGAACCACACCACGACGACCCACGGGGGAGAGUCCCUUUGCCAUGGCUUAUGGAUCCGAAGCAGUGAUUCCAACCGAAGCAGCGGUUCCAACCCUUCGGACAUCCUUAUUGAUUGAAGGAAACAAUAGUUAG